AUGGCGGACCGGGUGUUGUUCAGGCGCGGGACCGGGCAGAGCGACGACUCGGACGUGUGGGACGACACGGCCCUCAUCAAGGCGUACGACAAGGCGGUGGCCUCCUUCAAGAACGCUUUAAAGAAUGGAGAGUGUUCGGAGCCCUCGGACAAACAGGAGCAGCGCCUGGGGAUGAAGAGAAAAAACAAUAAAAAGAACAGAAAUAGAAAGAAGAGCAAUACGGUGCCUUUGAAACAGUGGAAAGUUGGCGACAGCUGUAAUGCUGUUUGGUCUGAGGAUGGUAAUGUGUACCUAGCAACUAUUGUCUCCAUCAAUCAGAAGAGAGGCACAUGUGUUGUUACUUACACGGGAUAUGGAAAUCAGGAGGAGCAGAACCUGUGUGAUCUACUUACUCCAGUCAGCAACGAAACAAAUGAAAAUGAGACUCCGUAUUCAACAGAUGAAAGUGAAAAAUCUUCCCAGUCACCUCGAAACAAAAGCAACUGCACAAAAGCAAGAUUCUCCCCUCAAAACCUACGUUUUCCUGCACCACCAGCAGCCCCAGGCCUAGGAAGGCCUGGAUCAAAAUUCAGGGCACCUCCAUCAUUCUUAUCUUGCUGGCCCCCACCCUUCCCUGCAGGACCACCGUUGAUUCCUCCUCCACCACCUAUGAGGCCAGACUCUCCUGAGGAUGACGAAGCAUUGGGGAGCAUGUUGAUAGCCUGGUACAUGAGUGGUUAUCACACUGGAUAUUACCUGGGUUUAAAACAAAGUCGAAUGGAAGCAGCACUGGAGAGAGAAACACAUGCAAAAUAAAUAUCCGUCAUUGUUUUGAAGGAUUCCAGGUACAAAUUUUUCCCACUGAGAGGUGUAUAUCACUUACGCACUGAUGGUUGAUAGUGAAGAUCAGAAUUUUAUGAAGACAAUUAAUCUUAACAUUUUCUUAACACUGAGCUGCCCCUGAUAACAAAUAAAGAAAAACUUGAGACUAGUAAUUAUAUGUGCAUUGAAAUGAGCUAUUUCUUAAAGACCUCCAGUCAAAUGUGUUUAGAAAGCACUGCAGCAAUAAAAUAUUUUUUA